ACCCGGAAGCUGGGGACCCACGUGGGAGUCUGGGAGGUGACUGUCUCGGCUCGAGGGUCAGGUUGUGGGCAGUCCUUGUGCGGGGACGAAGUGUGGGAGGCCAACGGGUCCUCCCCAGCUGUCUGUCAGUGGAGUCCCGGGCGCUGCUGGAGCAAUGCGGCGACUCUGGACAGUCGGGUGCUUCAGUCGCCUGAUUGCCCGCCAUUUCUCCUCGGUGGCUCGGCGCGGGCAACGGCCUGGCGGGGAGGAGCUGAGUCGCUUGCUUCUGGAUGACCUGGCGCCGGCCCAGCGGCUGGAACGUCUGUUUGGCUUGUUCCCAUGCCUCCUGGCCUUGCGGGCCGCCCGCCGGCGCGUGGCCCGGCUCCUGCUCCAGGCCGGUAAGGCUGGGCUGCAGGGGGAGCGGGCCGAGCUGCUCCGGGUGGCCGAGGCUCGGGGCAUCCCUGUCUUGAGACCCAGGCGUCAGAAACUGGAUGCCUUGUGCGGCUACCAGGUGCACCAGGGCGUGUGCAUGGAGGUGAGCCCGCUGCGACCCCGGCCUUGCGAUGAGGCGGCAAACACGAGCUCAGGCGACGACCCUCAGCAGCUGUGGCUCGUCCUUGAGGGGCUCCAGGAUCCCCGCAAUCUUGGUGCUGUGAUGCGCUCCGCUCACUACCUCGGAGUAGACAGAGUCAUCACCAGCCAGAGAAACAGCUGUCCGCUUACUCCAGUAGUCAGCAAGGCCAGCGCUGGGGCUAUGGAGGUGAUGGACGUGUUCUCCACUCCUGACCUGCCCGGUUUUUUGCAGGCCAAGGCCCAGCAAGGGUGGCUCGUGGUGGGCACGGUGGGCUGCCCAGGUCCUGAGAUCUCUCAGUCCUCCAAGGUCCCCAUCACUAGCUGCUUAGAGUUCAUCUGGGACCGGCCUACUCUCCUGGUGCUGGGCAGUGAGGGCUCUGGUCUGUCCCAGGAGGUUUUUGCCUUGUGCCAGCUGUUCCUUACUAUUCUGCCCAGACGCCACCUGCCUCCGGGUCUUGAGUCCUUGAAUGUAUCUGUGGCCACAGGAAUUCUUCUACACUCCAUUUGCAGCCAGAAGAAGGGUUUCCCUGUACAGGAGAGAGGACAACUUCUCCAAGACUCCUGAGAACCCUUAGCUAUGUCUGGAGGACUCAGGCCCAGUACCCAGGACUGCUACCACUGUGGUCAGAAAAACAGGACAAAUGAGGGCUGACAUUGACUGUCUGAGAUGCGCAUGUGUAGGGAUCGGACUGAGUCACACAUCCGUCCUCGGGCUUGGAUGUAAUGGGCUCCUCUACUUGUAAGAGCCUGUUUACCGGCUACAGUCAGGAGACUUUAGAGACCAGAAGUUUCACAUCCAGUUGGAAAUGGUAGUUUGCUAGUUUCCAGGCCGCGUUAGGACAGACAAUAUCUGUCCUGGAUCCCAGUAGAAGUCAGGGGUCUGUCUUGGCAUGCGGAGGAACCAGGCAGUCCAGUGCAGGGUGUGUGGAAUGUGAGGGUGAGUUUGUAGAGGGAAGCUGACUGGACAUGUGCAUGUCCCUAUCUCGGGGUGAUGGGGCUAGGACACCAGAUCACAUCCAGCGAGCCCUUAGCCGCUGAGCUGUCAUGCCCAGUCUCUCCAUUAGGUGGCAGUCUUGCUCUUUGCACCAUAGUUUUGCCGGCCCCUUGCAAGGA